AAGGGAAACCCGCAAAGCUGGCUGAACCAAGGCGGCGAUAGCUGCAGAAGAGGAGAAUUCUUUGCUCAAGAGCUGAAAAUAUAAGAAAGGGGAGGGAAGAGAGGCAGGCAAGCAAGGCGUGUCUCCGGGAGAGCUGCGGGCGCGGCGUGCGCAAGGCAGGGGAGUUGCUUGCUGGCUGCCUCGGCUCGGGUUCGCCUGUUUUCCUUCCUCCGUCGCCUUCCCAUGGAGCUGAUCGCCUGGCGGGGGCUUCCUCUUCGCCUCUAGCCGGGACUCGCCUGCAGUCGCCCGUUGCUUGCUUGCUUUCUUUCCUCCCUCGCUCGCUCCCGACGCCUCCUCUCCGCCAUGGGGGACGUGAUCUCCGCGCACCUGGACGAGAGCCGCCGCCAAUUCAUCGCAGAGAAGACCGGCAAAGUCCUUGCAGAUUUCUCUCAGUUCUACGAGGAACAAUAUGGCGUCGCACUCUUCAACAGUGUCCGGUAUGAGAUUGAAGGCGGCGGGGGGCCCCAGGCACAGCUACUGCACCGCAAGGUUCCUCUGGAAGAUCGCACCAUCUUCUCAGGAAACCUUUUCCAGUACAUGGAAGAAAACAAGAAGUGGAGAAACCGCUACAGUGUUGUGCCACACAAUUAUGGGCUAGUGCUCUAUGAAAACAAACUGGCUUAUGAGAGGGGGCUGCAGCCCCGAAUUCUAGUCAACAGUGCUGGUUACAAAGUUCUCACCUCCGUGGACCAGUAUCUGGAACUGAUCAACAACAGCCUGCCAGGUCCUGCGCCCAAAUCUGGCAAUGCCGCCUUACUGAAGUGCCCCACCCAGUUUCCUCUCAUCCUCUGGCACCCUUUUGCCCGGCACUACUACUUCUGUGUGAUGACUGGCAAGGAACAUGAGAAAUGGCGAGCGGUCUUCCAGGACUGUGUGCGCCACUGCAACAAUGGGAUUCCAGAGGACUCCAAGGUGGAAGCUCCGGCAUUCACAGAUGCUGUCCGCAUGUACCGCCAGUCCAAGGAGCAGUAUGGUACCUGGGACAUGCUUUGUGGCAAUGAAGCACAGGUCUUGAGCAACUUGGUGAUGGAGGAAAUCCUUCCCGAGCUGAAAAACAUGAUUGGCCCUCGGCUGAAGGGCAAAGCCCAGGAGAGGCACAGAGUGUGGAUCCAGGUCUCUGAUGCUGUAUAUAGGAUGGUUUAUGACCAGACGAAAGCCAGUUACGAUGCGGCUGUGUCGAAAUGCGAGCAUCAGCGUCCCGGUAUGCAGAGCACCAUCCGCACAGAUAUGGACCAAAUCAUCCAAUCCAAGGAGCACUUGGCCAGCAAAAUUAAAGCUUCUGUCCUUUCCAAAGCUGAGAUCUGUGUGCGAAACCACGUCCAGCCUUACAUCCCUUCCAUCUUGGAGGCGCUGAUGAUUCCCACCAGCCAGGGCUUUGCCGAGGUGCGAGAGGUCUUCUUCAAGGAGGUCACCGACAUGAACAUGAACAUCGUCAAUGAAGGGGGCAUGGAGAAGCUGGGGGAGUACAUGGCAAAGCUUUCCCAGCUGGCUUUCCACCCGGUCAAGAUGCAGCCCGGCUACGAGAAGAUGGACAUGUUGAAGCUGGAAGGGCUGCAGCAGCGGUUUGAUGUGUCCAGCGCCUCGGUGUUCAAGCAGCGAGCCCAGAUCCUGAUGAGACAGCAAAUGGAUGAUGCUGUCUACACCUUUGAGACUCUUCUUCAUCAGGAGCUGGGGAAGACAGAGAACAAGGAAGAGCUCUGCAAGACAAUCCAGCGCAUCCUAGAGCGUGUGCUCAAGAAAUAUGACUACGACAGCAGCACAGUGCGGAAGAAGUUCUUUCGGGAAGCCCUACUGCAGAUCACCAUCCCCUUCCUGCUGAAGAAACUGGCUCCCACUUGCAAGGGGGAUUUAGCAAAAUUCCAAGAGCUGAUUUUUGAAGAUUUUGCCCAGUUCAUACUGGUGGAAAACACAUAUGAGGAGGUGGUGCUGCAGUCGGUCAUGAAGGACAUCAUGAUGGCUGUGAAGGAGGCAGCUGUGCAGAGGAAGCACAAUCUUUACCGUGACAGCAUUGUGAUGCACAACAGCGACCCCAACCUGCAUUUGCUCAGCGAAGGGACACCCAUUGACUGGGGAGAGGAGUUCGGAGGCCAACCGGACUCAGAUCCUUCAGACGAAAAACAGCGUCGGGCCAAGCAAGUGGUAUCCGUCAUUCAUGUUGACGAGGGGGCCUUGCCUUAUGACGUUACAUCCCUGGAGGGGUCCCAAGAAGUGACGGAGCCAGAAGAAUCAGAGCGCUGCCCUAGCCCUCCGACGCAGGGCUCUCCCAGCAGUGUGAAGGAGGUUCGUGGGAUGUUGGUGAAGGAGUUCCAAGUAGAAGCUCCAGUCACCGUCAGCGAGAAGGCUGAGGAGCAGCUGAGCAACGGCACCAUCAUUCAGGAGAGCAAAGACACCGUGAAGGAGAAAGAGAAAAAAGCCUCGGCGGAGGAGGAUCGCCCUGCAGGAUUCCCUGGUGCUCCACAGGAUGAGGAACGGGAGGCCGCUGCUGCCACCACACCAGCCUCUCCUGCCAAACUGCCAUCCCCAGCACCCCCUGGGGAAGUCCAGAAGGACUGCCUUGAGCCCAGCGACAAGGAGACGGGGGAGGAGGUGUCAGCCCGGGCCUGUGAGGAGGAAGUAGAGCCUCCCGCAGCAAGUAGCCACGGGACCACAGAAGACAAUGAGGGGGUGCAGACUGAAUUCUAAGCCAGGCCCUCUUGCCAGAGGGCUUUCUCUUGGCCACAUUAGCACCAAAGGCAGACUGGAGUCAGUGACCCUGGGGGGGUGGGAGGGCAAGAGUAGGCAGUGGAGUUGUGCCUCGGCUGGUCCAGUAGCAUCCCUAUUUUGUCAUGUGUUUGAGCCUCCUGGAGGGAUGCUGCCUUUUGGAGGAAGGUGGGAUGGAGUCCCCCCCCCACAAAUGAUCUUGUUUGCGGCAAGGUGCGCCAACUGCCACUUGGGAACCGGCUGUUGCUCACCCUUCUGGGCCGCAGUAGCCCUGCAUGGAUUGCUUUCCUGUCCCCCACCCCCUUCUUUGCACCUUUGUUUUACCAGUUUGAUUCUUCAAGUCUUCCCCCUCCCCGAUGCUUGAGAAUGCCUGGAGCAGCAGCAGAGCAGAGUGCAGCAGCCGGAUCCUUGUCUGUACAGCCAAUGCUGAAUGUUUGCACCAAUCUGGUUUGGUCCCAUAACCAAAUGGUCCUAUGUAACUUCUCCUUGGUAGCUCUCUUAUUGAUGAUAGAAGCUUCUUUAUGCAAACAAUUCUCAUUUCCUUUCCUCCAAGCACACCCAAUUUGAACUAUUACAGGGAUGGGGAAACUCUCUGCCCUCUCCCCUUAACCCUUCCCUAGUUAGUACGGAUGCUGCCAUCUCGUACCUCAGUUUUCUCUGGGCCGUGAAAUCAACGUGCUUUGUCUGGGAGCUUUGGGCAUCUUGGAAGUGGCAAGUGGGGCAAUGGUUCUGUCUCCCCUUCAAACGUCCCAGGAGUGAGCAGGAGCCAAAGGACUAGCAAGUACAGCAAGUAAAAUUUAACGUUGAAAGGAGAGGUUUAGGUUUAAAUGAGGGGUUGAAACAGGAAGUGAUGUUGGAAGGUGAGUUGGAGCUGUGAGGUUGUUGAAGAAUGAAUUUUUAUUAUACCGGCGAGCAUCUUGGGCUUAGGUUUGCAGAGGAGGCAAAUGUGUUCUGCAACUUCUUGCAUAUGUACAAGUAACAAAAUGAUACCUACUGGUUAAUUCAGGGAGGACACUUGGGUGUUGAUUUUCCCCACUCUGUUAAUGCAUAUUUUUCUGGCUAGAAACUCGGCAGGUUCUCUGUAACUUCUUUUGGAAUGUGUGUAUUCAAACCUUUCCAUGAAUACAAUAGGUGUUUGUGGGGGAAAGUGUCACUUUCAAAGCAGCCCACUAAGAUGAUGUACCAGGGUGCGGGUAUGUGAUUGUUGAAUAUGAAACUCUAGCCUGAUGAGAUUGUUGGGUUGCAUUCGCCUGUGCACAUUUGCGGUGCUAUUGAUGCUGGCUUACUUUGGAAGAAGGGAUCCUCUCCUUGCACUGGGAACAUACUUGGGGAUGCUGAAAGCUUACUGCUCAACACUUCAGUAAUAUUUGACAAGGAGGCGUAAGCUUAGAGAUAUUUGUUGGCAUCCUUGGAUAAAACCUUAUUCGGUGCAACUUAGACCCUCUUUCUUUCCUACCAGUUCUGUGCAAUGGAUUUUCACUUGGGAGAAAGGUUACAGUUUGAAUAGCACUAAGUUUGCAAAUAUCAUGUAAUUCACAUUUUACCUCAAGUGGGGCAGGGCGUCUGGAUACAACUAGCUCUGACCUGUCUCCCCCAUUACAUUUUCAAGACUUGCUUUUCUGUUACGCUUGGUCCAUUUUUUUUUGUAACACCUCUUGACUUUUGAGGCAAAUAAAGCAAAAAUUAGAGGUUUUAGUAAGUGGGGUAGUGGAAGGAGAUUACAAAUCAGUCACGGAACCUCAUUUCAAGAGUUACUUCUGACAUCACCAUCUGAAUAUGACCCAGCUAUAUUUCAGAGCAGUAACAUGUGUCUGACCCAAGGUGAUAAUAGCUGACUUAACUGCAAGCGUACACAGGUGAGACCAUUUAUAUGUACCACUUCUCUCUACACUUGUGUGAGAUGGGAAGGAGUCACACUUGAAGCAGCCCUAUGUGGAGCUGCAUGUUUGGAAGUCGAGUAGGGGGAUGGAUUUACCAAGCUGUAAAGUAGAGACUGAAGCAGGGCCAGCCAGCCAGUCAGUUUAGCCUUGACAGCUGAAGCAGUGGCUCUUGUGUCUACAUUUUUCUGUUUACAUGAGGGAAAAGCAAAGAACGGGAAGGUGGCCAUGCAGGACAAAUGUAUGGUCUUUUCUGAAACAGUUUGGUUUGGAUGGCUGCAGAUUGACCUGGUGUUGUGGCCCAGUUCCCCACCAUGAAUUUAAAAACUUCAAAAAUGGAUAGACCUCCUGGCUUCUGCAGUGUUGGGGGCGCAGGCCUGAAAAUGAUCGCAAACAAAAUCUGAAGCGUUCGUAAAAGUAUAUCCGCGUGCCAGUUUUGUAGAACCUUCUGGUGAUACGGAAAGCAGGCCGUGAGCCAAGCUGCUUUCUCUCUCUCCCCCCCCCCCUGCUUUCUCCCUUCAAACUAUGGCAGUGUUCCAAUUUCCAGGUAACUGUUUCAAUGUUUUUAAUCUUCUGUUUUGAAAAUUAUUGGGGCUCUGAGCGGAGGGGAAAAAAUUGCCCAGUUGGGCUCUGAUCUCCAUAAAAAGUGCCUUAAUGUUGAGAACCAAAGCCUCUUUUUCUCUUCUGAGAUAGUUUAUUGCAAAUGUUAUACCAAAUGUUUUAAAAAAGUGCUUAUAUAUUAAUAAUAAAAACCCAGCUUUAUUUAA